UCUUCCUCCCUCACGUUCACGAACUGUGCGUGUCGCGUGUGUUCAUGAACGCUGUUUGUUUCACACCGUGUUAAACACCCCAGAGGAAUGUCAAUUUGCUUGCUGAUAUGCAAACACCUGAAUAUGCAAAUAUAUUCGCCCAGCCAAUAAAAGCAAAGGCAGAUGAAGCAGAAACACACACGGGUUCGAGCUGUGAGAUGGGUAUCACGUCUGUCCACACGCUCUCCCUCCUCAUGUGUGCGGUGUCGGCCCGCAGCAUCCAGGCACAGUCCGCCGGGUGGGGCCCCCUCUCCGAGCUCCAUCUGUCGGGGGACUACUCCUUUGCCGGAAUGUUCCCCCUCCACAACCUUGCUUACACCUCCAACCUGCCUGACCUCCAAGACUGCAGCCAGGGCAUCCCGAAUAUACACGGCUAUCACCUGAUGCAGGCCAUGCGGUUUGCCAUUGAACAGAUCAACAACGGCACCGCAAACGGGGCUCUUCUCCCCGGUGUGAAGCUGGGCUACCAAAUCUAUGAUAUCUGCUCCAUGUCAGCCAGUGCGCUCUCCACCCUGGAGCUGCUGGCCCAACAGUACACCGAGGACGUGGGCCAGUCGGCGUGGGAUGGGGUCCGAGCCAUAGCCGUCAUUGGGCCAGACAGCAGCAGCUACUCCUUCAUCACCGCUCCUGCACUCGCCUACUACCUGGUGCCAGAGAUCUCCUACGAGGCUUCAAAUGAAAUGCUGAGCAAUAAGAAGCUCUACCCGACAUUCUUUCGCACCAUCCCCAGUGACAGGAACCAGGUGAUGGCCAUGAUCGAACUCCUGGUCAAGUUCAACUGGACCUGGAUAGCGCUUCUCGGCAGCGACAAUGACUAUGGCCUCCAGGGUAUGCUGAGCUUGUCACAGCUGGCGCCCAGCAAUGGCAUCUGCAUCGCUUACCAGGGGGUGAUACCCACCUACUCUGCUGCCACACGGCCACAAAUCAAGCAGAUGGUGAAGAGCAUCCUGCAGACCCACGUCACCACUGUAGUGGUCUUCUCCAGCAAGAGGAUUGUCAGUGGCUUCUUCCAGGUCGUGAUCGAGCAGAAUGUCACGGACAAGGUGUGGAUUGGGACGGAGGACUGGUCUGUGGCCAAAUUGGUGUCAGGAAUCCCCGGCAUCCAAACCAUCGGCAGUGUGCUUGGUGUAUCCAUCAAGUCUGCGAUGUUGCCCGGUCUCAAGGAAUUUGAGGACCGCUCCAUAGAGUUAUCCAGGCAAAGUGCCAUGAUGUCACAGAACUCAGCUAACCUGUGGAACCAGGCUGUCCCCUGUCUGCAGAACUCUACCAUGAGCAUGCUGACCUCUGGGGACCUCUCCAUGGGCAUGUACGACAUUACCUCCGCCUUCAACGUCUACAAGGCUGUCUACGCAUUGGCACAUGCCUUGCAUCUCCUACUCAGCUGUGACUCUGGAACAUGCCAGAAAAUGCAGGUGAAACCAUGGCAGCUCUUACAGGCAUUAAAGCAAGUCAGGUUUUCCAUUGAGAACACAUCAAUGUACUUUGACAGCAAUGGAGAUCCACCCACAGGCUAUGACAUUGUGGCAUGGGACUGGACAGGUGGACUUUGGUCUUUGCCCAUCAUUGGGAGCUACAGCCCAAAUCCUUCCAGGCUCAAGAUCAAUAUCAGUCUAAUCAAAUGGAACUCCAACACCCCCAACGUGAUACCUGUGUCUGUGUGCUCCCCGGAGUGUCCCACAGGAUACAAAAGGAUACUGAAUGGGCAGCACAAGUGCUGCUUCGACUGCGAGGCCUGCCUGGCUGCAACUUUCCUCAACAAGAGCGAUCCAACCAGCUGUCAGUCCUGUACGCUGGAUGAAUGGGCUCCACCGGAGAGCGAGCAGUGUUUCAACAGGACCGUGAUCUACCUCCCGUGGGACGAGCCCAUGUCGGUGGCCCUGCUCGUCGUCCUGGCUCUGACAAUGCUGCUUACCUUGGGCACUGCCCUCACCUUCCUGCUGCACCUGAACACCCCGGUGGUGAAGUCGGCCGGCGGGCGGACCUGCCUGGUGAUGCUGACAGCUUUGCUGGGCGCGGCCGGCAGCGCCUUCUGCCACUUUGGGCUUCCCCGCCCAAUGGCCUGCUUGCUCAAGCAGCCGCUGUUCACCUUCUCCAUCACCGUCUGCCUGGCCUGCGUGGCCGUGCGCUCCAUCCAAGUGGUUUGCAUCUUCAAGCUGGCCAACCGAUUGCCCAGGGCUUACGAGACCUGGGCAAAAAACAAUGGUCCCCAGGUUGUGAUUGCCGCCCUCUCUGGGACGGAGCUCUUCAUCUCCCUGGUGCGCGUCAGCUCGGAGCCGCCCCGGCCCACCGAGGACCACCAGUUUUAUGACGACGCCAUCGUGCUGGAGUGCAGCGGGUUCCUAUGGCCAGGAGCUGCCAUUGAGCUCGCCUACGUGGCGCUUCUCAGUGGUCUCUGCUUUGGCUUCAGCUACAUGGGCAAGGACCUGCCGGCCAACUACAACGAGGCCAAAUGCAUCACGUUCAGCCUACUCAUCUACAUCAUCUCCUGGAUCAGCGUCUUCACCAUGUACUCUGUGAGUAGGGAUGAGUUUGUAAUGGCCUUGCAUGUCGGCGCCAUACUGGCUAGUGUAUUAGGUAUGCUGGGGGGGUACUUCCUGCCCAAGAUGUACAUCAUCUUACUGAAACCCCAAAUGAACACCACGGCCCAUUUCCAAAACUGCAUCCAAAUGUACACCAUGUCCAAGGAGUGAAAAUGUAUUGCAUGUGGAACCCUUACGAAUUUCCAUAAGUCACUCCGUGGCAAGUCAAUGUUUACUUUCCUCCGAAGCGACUGUAUUUACCUCCUGCUUACAAUGAUUUACCCAUUUGUACAGCU